GCUGACGAACAGGACAAGACUUGCUACAUUCCACACACCAAACAAGAAGUGCGUCCAUAAUUAGGCGCACCUGGGCUGAGUCCAGGUAUUAUACCCUGUCUUCUUUGUUGUGUGUUCUUGGUAGCAACAUGUCGGAGAAGAGCACCAAGCCCAACCUCAGCCAGUCGCAGGCCGCAGAACUCGUGAAGAAACGCUACAACCUGACUGCCUCUGAAGUCAGCUUUCUGCCCGCCUGGGAAGACCAGAACCUUCACGUGGUGACUGAGGAAAGGGGGCAGUUUGUGCUGAAGAUUAUGAACUCCGAGGACAGUAAGAAGCCCGCCGUUGCUGAGGUGCAAACUUACGCCAUGAACUUCCUGCGGGAGAAGGGACUUCCUACUCAGAAUACCCUGAAAACAACCACAGGACAGGUCAUGUUCCUGGAAGACAUCGAUUGUGGCCAUGGUCUACAGAAGUUCCUGGUGCGCCUCUUGACUUAUUUACCAGGGAUCCAAAUCGCCAAGGCUCCUUUCUCACCACAACUGCUCUAUGACGUGGGCCAAUCAGCAGCCAGGAUGGACCUGGUCCUCAAAGAGAUGAAGCAUCCUCAACUGUCAGUGUUGCAGAGGGACGACUUAACUUGGAGUCUGUCAAAUGUUCUUCUUCUGGAAAAGUACAUGAACGUUGUAGAUGGACAUCCUCUCCAGGCGGGCGUGAGGACGGUCCUCCACCAGUACAAGACCUGUGUGGCCCCUAAAUACUCCGCUUUCCGCAAGUGUGUGAUACACGGCGACAUAAAUGAUCUCAAUGUGCUGGUCCAAGCUGACGAGAGCAACGCUUACAAAAUUUCCGGUAUCAUUGAUUUUGGGGAGAUCCACUUUGGCUAUUACGUGCAUGAGCUGGCCAUCACCAUCAUGUACAUGAUGCUGGAACACCCUAAACCCAUUGAGGUGGGCGGAGCUAUCUUAGCCGGCUGGGAAAGCAUCUUUCCUCUCAACAAGACGGAGAAAGAUUGUCUGUUUUGGUUGGUUCUGUCCCGUUUCUGCCAGACCUUGGUGCUCUCCAGGUACGCUGUGACCCUGCAGCCGGAAAAUGAGGAAUAUCUGAUGUACACGUCCAAGAACGGCGUUCGGAUUUUACUGGAACUUUUAAAGGUGGGGAAGGGGCAGGUGGAGAAGGUGUGGUUCCAAACAGCUGCUGACCUCAAUCACAAAAAGACAGAAAUAAAACCAAGUAAUUAACUGAGUCACGUAUGACCUCCACACACAUGUAUGCACUCCGCAAUAUCUCUUCAUCUUUUUACGAACAAGAUAUUGCACACAACUUUGUAGUAGAGACAAAUGUGUAACAAAUAUCAUUGUCCAUGUUUCUAAAUAAAUGAA